GUACCUUUCAGAACAAGCCGUUAGCGAGCGAUAUUAAGCAAAUUCUAAACAAGGAAGAAUCACAAGAAAUUUUACGAUGAGAAAAGCUCCUCCACCUCCCACAUCGAAACCUGCUAUGAUCAAUGUUGUCAGGGCACUAUUUAACUUUGAGGCCCGAAACGGAGAUGAGCUGUCAUUUAAAGAGGGAGACACAGUGUAUUUAUUAGAUAGAACUGAUCCUAAUUGGUGGACAGGUAGAUGUGGUAAUCGAACAGGGCUGGUACCAAGUAACUACUUUCAGGAUGGUAAUCAUCUGGAAACUAUUGAUAAUCCCAUGCAUGAGGCUUCAAAAAGUGGUCAAAUUGAUUUCCUAAGAGAAUGUAUUGCAAAUCAAAUAUCAAUAAAUGGAAAAGACCAUGCCGAUAAUACUCCAUUGCAUUGGGCGGCGAGAGGAGGACACAUUGAUUGUGUUGAAGUUUUAUUGGCUAAUAAUUUAUGCCGAACUGACCUACAAAAUAAAUUGGGCGACACGCCUUUGCACUUGGCAGCAUUUAAAGGAAAUCUAAAGGUGGUGGAAUUGCUACUCAACCGUGGUGCAGAUAUAAACGUUCGAAAUAGAGAUAAGAAAUUACCUUACGAUUUAGCAAAAACACCAGAAGUAGCUGCUAUGUUAAAAACUACCGUUUCAAUGGAUGCAGGAGAUUAUUUGGGUGAUGAAGGAGAUUCUGACUAA